CUUGAAGCUUCUGGCUACACCUAACCUUCACCGCCCUUCCGGCUCUUAAUAGACCGCCACCCCGCAAAAACCUUCCGUUUCGUGCUGCAUUGCUCGCUGCGCUGCUUUUUCGCUUUCCCGAGUCCUGUGUUUUCUGGCACGGGCAACAGGUGUUGACGGCUAUACACCGAAGUACGUGCGCAGAGGACCCUUGCCCUCAACGGGUCGACCAGUGGCACAUUUCCGGUGACUUCAUAGGCAGGAUCUGCCACGCCUAAACCUGUAGUGCACCUACCCUGGAACUUUCAAACAGUCUGUUUAUCUUCUGCACUCCUCUCGAGAGGCAGCGACAUCGCGUUUGACCGCCACUCCCGUAGCCGUCUGUCUGUAUCGCCGGCGCAGACUGCAUCUCAAGUGCAGUUCUCACCACGACCGCCAGCAUGCCGUCCUCUUCUCGCGCCCGUCGCGACGACGACACUAUCUCAGAGGCGAGUUCCAUCUCCUCGAGAAGAUCCGUGCCUCAGCCUCCACCAAUCGACACCCGACUCUCUCAGGCUGGCCGUCCUCGCCCCAAGUUUGUGUCCUUCGGUCGCGACCCUGAGUCAGGAGGUCCGCCAAACCGCGAGUUCAUCAACGAGUCUUCGCCUCUCAUAAACCCCGCCGACCGCGCCCGUGAGACCGAUCGCCUGCUCAAGGAACCUAUCACACCGAACUUCGGCCAGGAAGAUGACGACUAUUUCCCAGAGUUCGAGGAGACGAAGAGCAGUUUCUUCCUCUUCCUUCUGACCCUCGGUGGUCUUGGCCUUCAGAUCGGCUGGUCUGUCGAGACAUCCAAUGGCUCGCCUUAUCUGUUGUCCCUUGGUCUCAGCAAGUCUAUGCUUGCUCUCGUCUGGAUCGCCGGUCCUCUCUCAGGUGUCCUUGUGCAACCCUACGUUGGACUCAAGAGCGACAAUUGCAGGAUCACUUGGGGCAAGAGGCGCCCUUUCAUUCUCGGAGGUGCGAUUGCGACCAUGGCUUCCCUUAUGCUUCUUGGCUGGGCGCGUGAGAUCGUUGCUGGUAUUGGCAAACUCUUCGGCGCCCAUGCCGAGAACUACUGGGUCGCCAACAGCACUAUGGUGUUUGCCGUUUUGUUGGUGUACGUUCUUGACUUCGCUAUCAACGUCAUCCAAGCUGCUAUCCGCGCAUACAUUGUAGAUGUCGCCCCCACUCACCAGCAAGAAUCAGCCAACGCGUGGCUUAUGCGGUCCGCUGGCGUUGGAAACAUUGCUGGCUACCUUGCUGGGUUUAUCAACCUCCCUCUCUACCUCCCGUGGCUCGGCGACAGUCAGUUCAAGGUGCUCUGCGCCAUUGCUUCGUUCAUCAUGGCCCUCACCGUUGGUAUUAGCUGUACCGCCGGCGAGCGAGACCCUACCCGCGACCCUCCACCGGCGGAGCAGAAGGAAGGCGUUGUUGCUUUCUUCAAGGGGCUCUCCAAGUCUGUCAAGAGGCUUCCUGAUCAGAUCAAGCGUGUUUGCGAGGUUCAGUUCUUUGCCUGGAUUGGAUGGUUCCCCUUCCUCUUCUACAUCACCACUUACGUUGGCGAGAUCUACGCCGAUCCGUUCUUCGAGGCGAACCCACACAUGUCUGAUGCAGAGAUCGAUAAGGUUUGGGAAGAUGCAACCAGAAUCGGCACCCGUGCCCUUUUGGUCUUCGCCUGCACAACCUUCUUGUGCUCAGUCAUCUUCCCCUUCAUCAUCCCGCCCAGCUUCCAGGCACCUGAGCCGGAGCCGCAGCCUCCUACACCUGGUACACCCAUGAGGCCCACCACUCCCUUGACUCCUGCAACUCCUCACUCUAUGGGUGGAUCUGGUUACUUUGCGCUGAGGCCUAAGCGUACAGGACCCCCUAAGACGAAGAUGGAGAAGUUCUCUGCGGCGCUCGACAAGCUGCAGAUCAAGUCCCUAACCCUGCGUCGCUCCUGGUUCAUCUCGCACAUCCUCUUCGCCGUCCUCAUGGGUUUGACGUUCGUAAUCAAAUCCACUCUAGGCGCGACUAUUCUCGUUGGCGCCAUCGGUGUUCCCUGGUGUCUGACUGGUUGGGCACCUUUCUCAAUCAUCGCCUCUGAGAUCUCGAAGCGCGACGCCAUUCGCCGAGGCGUCAUCAAGCCCACUACCGAUGACGAGCAGGCUGUCGCUGAGGGCGCAGACGCUGGAGAUUCGGACUCCGCCGGAGUGGUUCUUGGUAUCCACAAUGUCGCGAUCGCUGCCCCUCAGGUCAUUGCCACGCUCGUUAGCUCUAUCAUCUUCAGGGUCCUUCAGAAGCCUCGUGGUGUGGCCGGUGACGACAGUGUAGCUUGGGUCUUGCGAUUUGGUGGUCUUUGUGCAAUCAUCGCUGCUUGGCUUACUCUCCGAGUUCACGAGGAGAAGAACCUGGAUGAUAUCGAGGAGGAGCAGAGGCCGACCAGGAGGAGGCGUCUGUCAGAGUUGUCCAACAUGACAUCGGUCUUGGAUGGACAUUCUGGACGAUAAUCUGGUCCAGGAGGGCAACGCACUGUUUACCUACUGUAUCAUUGCGCUCAGUACAUGGUAGGGUUUCUGCGCGACCGUCUGACCUGGGUCGGCCUACUAAAAGAGCUUGAAUCCUAUGCAUUACGGCGAGCGAUGGCGUUGGCUGCAUCUUUGUUAAUGGAGUUAUGGGCAUGCAUAUUACACGAAUUGCUUAUCGACUCUCUUUGAUGAACCGGUUAAUGAUAAAAUGUUAGAGUAGAGCUCAUACGCCAAUCUACACGUCUACCCGGUCGAAUUUGCCAUUGCUAAUGUGACAGACUAUCACUAGUCCAUGUUAUUCCAAAUGCCUCAAAACGCACCGGCAG